AUGGGGUGUCCCAUGCAUUGGGCGCUAUUAUUGCUUGCGUUAUUCGCUUCAGCGAUACAAACGGCAGUUCUUAACGCUAAGCCGGAACAUGAAAACACCAUCGCGAUAGACGAAAGCCCACUGUCCCGGGUGAAACGAAAUGGGGCAAACAUCCGUGGAAAUUUCAGAGGGCAAACACAGUCACAGUACCUUCAUUUCGGAAACAGUCAGGAUGGCAAGGCGGAAGCCGAAGCAACGCAGCACAGUUCCAGAGCGGUUGUCGUUGGUUCCAACGGCAUGGGUCAAGCCCAGAGUCAGUCCUUGGGGGGCGAUUGUACCUCCUGCUACGGUGCGGUUGACGGAGGUGGCAGCUACGUUUAUGAGAGUAGACCUGAUCCUUUGAAAGCGCCCGAUGGACAACGACCUGUCGAUAGGUUGCGUCUUCCGGAAGCUUUCGAACCCGGGACGAACGGGCAUACUGGUAGGCCUGGAGGAGUGGACGGUUAUGGACGACCUGGUGGAUCUGGUCUCGAUGGUCAAGGCAGAUCGUUAGGCGGACCAGGGAGUGAGGGAUCCGGAGUUGAUGCGUAUGGAAGGCCAAUCGGAAGACCGGGCACGGAUGGAGCUGGCGGAGGAACAGGAGUAGCAAGACCAGGGUACGACAUGCAGGGCAGACCUAUCGGUGGUUUUGGACCGGGUGGACCUGGACAAGGAUUUGAUUCGCAAGGCAGACCUAUCGGCGGGCCGGGAACGGGAGGAUCAGGCGUGGACCAAUAUGGGCGACCAAUUGGUGGACAAGGAGCUGGUGGACCUGGAUUUGACAGUUAUGGCAGACCAAUUGGAGGGCCCGGCGCUGGUGGACAGGGCUUAGAUGCCUAUGGUAGGCCCAUCGGUUCAGGUGUUGAUGGCCAAGGCCGACCUGGUUUUGAUGCACACGGUAGACCCAUUGGAGGAGGCACGGUUCCAGGACAGCAGGGACUGGAUGCUCAGGGCAGACCCAUUGGGGGACCCGGUAGUGUGGGUUCGGGGGUCGACGCUUACGGAAGGCCCACUCAGGGUCCAGGAACUGAUGGAACAGGUGUAGACGCAUAUGGCAGACCUGUCGGAGUUACUGGAUCAGGAGUUGAUGCACACGGGCGUCCAAUUGGCGGGCCAGGGACUGGAGGACCAGGAGUUGACGCACAUGGUAGACCGGUUGGAGGUCCUGGAAGUGGCGUAGCUGGUGUUGAUGCUCAUGGCAGACCUGUUGGUGGUCCUGGUGCAAGCGGACAAGGAGUUGAUAGCCAUGGGCGACCAAUCGGAACACCAGGAGCAAGUGGAACAGGUACUGGAAUAGACUCUCAAGGUCGACCAAUUGGUGGAAGCGGUGUCGGCGGAGUAGAUGGUCAUGGAAGGCCUAUUGGAGGCCCUGGAGGCCCAGGAGGUGAUGGACAUGGAAGGCCCUCGGGUGGACCAGGAACAGGAGGACCAGGUACAGUAGGCCAGCAAGUCGAUGCGCAUGGUAGACCCAUAGGCGGACCUGGAACUCCAGGCGUUGAUGCACAUGGUAGGCCAAUUGGAGGCCCAGGAACUGGAGGAGGCCCAGGAACUGGAGUUGGCCCAGGAACUGGUGGGGGGCCAGGAACUGGAGGGGGGCCAGGAACAGCAGGUCCACAAGUCGAUGCACACGGGCGUCCUAUUGGUGGACCGGGAACACCUGGUGUUGAUGCAUACGGCAGGCCAAUUGGUGGACCAGGAACAGGUGGACAACUUUUAGACGCUUAUGGAAGACCUAUUGGAGGACAUGGCGUUGGAGGAGGACCAGGUGUUGAUGCUCACGGAAGACCAUUGGUAGGUACUGGUCCAGGAUAUGACGCUCAAGGACGUCCGAUCGGAGUCCCAGGUACUGGGUUGGAUGCAAGUGGCAGACCUAUUACGGGAACCGGUCCUCAUCCUCAUUUGAUUGGUGCUCCACAUUCCGUGACUCUACCCGGUCAAGAUCACACCGUGGUCAACCCAACUGGUGGACUUACGGUGUUAGUGGGUACGGGAGACUCUAAACAAACAGUAAUUGGUUCCGAUAGUAGACUAGAUGGAUACGGUCCAGUAAAAAUAAUUCCUGGCCCACCUGGUAGUCACGGACCCCCGCGACAAACGGCCUAUGUACAUCCAAGCGGAACGACGGUGCUUGUGGGAACGGGCGGGGCGCAGCAGACCGUAUAUCAUUCAAGUUAUCCAGGUGUUGGUCCACAGACGGUUGUCCAUCCCGGCACAGGUGGCGGUCAUGGACAGUAUCCUGGAACGGGACAUACUGGACAAUACCCAGGAGGAAUUGGACAAUCAGGAGCAGGACAUAUUGGGCAGCAUCCAGGAGGAGUUGGACCUUCAGGAGGUGCACCUGGAGUGGGACAUACUGGACAGUAUCCAGGAGGAGUUGGGCCAUCAGGAGGAGUACCUGGAGCAGGACAUACUGGACAGUAUCCAGGAGGAGUUGGGCCAUCAGGAGGAGCACCUGGAGCAGGGCAUACUGGACAGUAUCCAGGAGGAGUUGGGCCAUCAGGAGGAGUACCUGGAGCAGGGCAUACUGGACAGUAUCCAGGAGGAGUUGGGCCAUCAGGAGGAGUACCUGGAACAGGGCAUACUGGACAAUACCCUGGAGGAGCACCUGGUGGUGGUCAACAUCCAGGAGGAUCAGGAGCCGUAGGUGGCCCUGGAACCACAGGACAGUAUCCUUCAGGGGGCCCCGGUGUCGGAGGCGGUCAUCAUCCAGGUGCUGGCGGUGUCGGAACUGGCCAGUAUCCGUCGGGGAUAGGACAAUAUCCAGGUGGUUCUGGUAGUGGCACAGGGCAGUAUCCCGGUGGUGGAUCAGGAGCUGGUGUUGGUGGAAGUCCCGGAGUUGGAGUAGGACAGUUUCCUUCUGGUGCAACAGGUGUUGGAGGCGGACAGUAUCCAGGUGGAGCAGGGAUCGGCACAGGUCAGUAUCCAUCAGGAGGUGUCGGUGGUGGUCCAGGAUUUGGCCAGUAUCCUUCGGGAGGAACGGGUGGAGCAGGCACUCAGUAUCCAGGUGGUACAGGCACAGGACAGUAUCCUUCAGGACCAGGACAUUAUCCAGGAAGUUCAGGAGCUGGAACGGGUCAAUACCCUGGAACGGGCAGUGGUCCAGGAACGGGAGCUGGACAAUACCCAGCAGGAGGAACAGGUGUUGGAAGUGGCCAGUAUCCUGGAAGUACAGGACAGUACCCAUCAGGAGGUGGACAAUAUCCCGGAGGUUCGGUUGGUGGAUUUGGACAGUAUCCUGGAACAGGUUCGGGUUCAGGAACUGGAACAGGCCAAUAUCCUGCUGGAGGAGCUGGUGUCGGUGGUAGCCAAUAUCCAGGAGGUGCAGGAUUCGGAACCGGACAGUACCCAGUAGGUGGAGGACAAUACCCUGGAGGUACUGGAAGUGGAGUAGGCCAGUACCCUGGAGCAGGAACAGGAACGGGUGUUGGUACUGGUCAAUAUCCAGGAGGAAGCACAGGUGUGGGAGGUGGACAGUAUCCAGGAGGUGGCGGAGUAGGCGUAGGGCAAUACCCGUCCGGAGCAGGUCAAUAUCCUGGAAGCUCCGGUGGCGGAGCAGGACAGUUACCAGGAGCUGGAACUGGGGGAGGAGUGGGUCAAUACCCUUCGGGAGGAACAGGUGUAGGCGGUGGGCAAUAUCCAGGAUCCGGAGGAGUACAAUACCCUGGAGGUAGUGGAAGUGGAGUAGGACAGUACCCGGGAGCAGGAACAGGAACGGGUGUUGGUACUGGGCAAUAUCCGGGAGGUGGUGCUGGUGUUGGAGGUGGGCAGUACCCAGGUAGUGGUGGACAGUACCCAGGAGGCGCAGGGCAAUACCCGUCCGGUACCGGGCAAUAUCCGGGCAGCUCGGGAACAGGUGUAGGCGGUGGCCAAUAUCCAGGUGGUACAGGCACUGGAGCUGGACAGUAUCCAGGAGGUACUAGCGGUGGAACUGGAACCGGGUCUUCCAUUGACCAGUAUCCUAGCACUAUCACUCAAGGAGGAGGAAACCUAGCUCCGCAACCAAUUCAACUGCCAGAAGAAGAGGACGAUGCAUUCUCACAGGCUGAAUCGUCGGUGAAAAACGGAGCCGUGAUAGCCAGCGCUCAGGGUCGUAAGAAUGGAGGUACGGCGCAGACACAGGUCUCCGGUACCUACAACGGAACGGGAUCAUUUAGUGCGAGUGCCCAAACGAGCGACAAGGAUAGGGCCGCACAGGCACAGGUAUCCGGUGGAAAGGAAGGCGCUAUGAGUUCUGCACAAGGUACGGGUGGUAUUGGCAAAUCACAGUCACUUGUGCAGGUAGACUCGAAGACCGGUGGUACCUCGGCAACAUCGCAAAGCGGCGGCCUAGGCCAUGAAAGCCAGUCGGAGGUUGUAGCCAAUGAAAAGGGUGGUUUGGCCGAUGCUCAAUCAAGCGGACCGGGACAAACGUCCUCUCAAGCACAGAUUGGCUUCCGACCGCAAGGUGAAGGGGUGCUUGACCAACAAAACAUCUUCAACGGAGGAGGACAAGCAUCGGCGCAGUCGGGAGCACACUCUGGUCAGAGUCAAUCGCAAAUAAGUGGCAAUUUCAAGUUCGGCAUUGCAUACCAUGGUGCUGCCCAAUCCGCGUCCGGUACAAAGGAACAGGUUAACACCUACCGGGAGAAAAGCAAAAAUCUGUUCCGUCGGAUUGAAUUGUUUUCAGGAUCAAACGGUCCAACGGUUCAUCGUUCAUCGGUAGAUAAUGACGGGAUGCGGAAACGUACUUCGGAGACUAGUUCAGUGAGUUUUCCUAUCAACACAACACCAACAACCAUAGUCGAUGAAGAGGAGUAUGAUGAUGGCGAUGAUGACGAAUACGAUGAGGAGUACGAUGCUGUCACAUCGGUGCGUAAUCUGCAAACGACGGCUACACUCAAAACCACCACUAAGAGCACACCGCUAGCGCAGGUGGCUACAGGACCAUCUACCGAGACCGUGACAACCAACGGUACCCGCUACCAUGUGUUCACGCAGAACACCCCAACGCAGACGCAGAAGGCUAUCGUACCGCAUGGCGAUAAUUUCCGGCUGGUUCAGACAUCGAACGGCCGAUCGACGGUUUACGCCGUAACGACGGAACCAUCGCAAACUCCCAACACGACGCCCCGUUACGCGACACGGCUCCUUUCGACGAAGAAGAACACCCCGACGGAUGACGUUGAAGAGGGGCCACCGGGCGGUGAUACCCUUCCGGGCACCCUCCGGUCCGGCCAGCCCGAUAGCUACAUCUCGGUGACGAAGCAGGUGACCGGCGUUGACGAAAAGAGCAACGUUCCGGCCAUCCCCGGGAAGAACUACGAGUCGACGUACUACACCAAAUCGUCCACCUGCGGAUACUUUACCUUCUCGUGUAACAUCGUGUAUGGGGAAAAUGGACGAAGUAAAAUCUGCCGUCCGAAGCCCCCGGCGAAGGGAAAGUGCUAGAGAGAAAGGGUGACCCAGUUGCAAUAGUUUCCAGUUUCGUAGGAAGUAAGAAUAAUGAAUUAUACUAGCGAUAGCUCCUUGACACUGCCAUUAUAACGCGGAACCUCCUUUCGGUGAUGUGUUAGGGAACAUUUUUU